GUCGGGAAUUUUUGCAGUGUAUUUGCUCGGUGUUCUGUACAUGUUGUCGAAGUACGUGGACAUAAUGUCCAGGAAAUUUCCGGGAACAAGUCUAGUCGGGGACAGCACAAAAAACCCCGGCAUUGUCCCGAGAUAUUGGAGAUAACGUCUUGUCACCCUACAUUUCCUGUGUUUGACUUUGUUCUGGAUAAGACAAAUCUGCCACCUCUGGCAAAAUCAGUUUCACUUUAAUGAAUUGACUGAUUUUACUGUGAAACAUGAAAUGUUUAAAUUCAGAUGAGUUAAAAAUAGCAGAGACUACUUUAUAUGCGCAUCUGCCUAAAUCCAUUAAGGUGUAUGGGUUUGUUUUUGCUAUAAACAGGGGGAAACCACACACGUUGGAAGUAUUGGUGGAUAAGUGGCCCGCUUUUACCACUAUCAUUGCUCGACCAGAUCCAAAUAAUAAUCGAGCAAAGGACUUUAUGAAGAAGGUGACUCUUUACAGUACAGAUGAAGAAGUCAUGAGAAGAAUGUUGACUGUGGAAAAUGCAAUUGACUGGAGCACAUACUUCUUAAUAGGAGGAUGUGAUGUACGUCAUUCACCAAUGCUGGAGGAAAUUGCUGCUUCUCGGGGUGUCAAAAUGAAAGGUUUCUCCUUAGUGCACCUAAUGAUAUCUGAUCCCAGUAAUUUACCUGAGCUCAUUUCCAGUGACCUUGAGACCAGAGUGUCUGUCCUGAAUGAGUCACAUGCCGAUGUAGUUAACAAGACUUGGAAAUUUGGUGGGGAUGACAAAGGUUACAGGAACAUCCUGAAUCUCAUCAGCCAUUUCCCCACAUGCUGCAUUACAGACGAGAACAACCAGCCUGUGUCCUGGUUACUGUUGUAUGAUUACUGUGCCAUUGGAAUGUUAUACACUCUACCAGAGCACCGUGGGAAAGGAUAUGCCAAAACCCUGGUCACUACAAUGGCAAAGAAGCUCCAUUCUCAGGGCUAUCCUGUUUACUGUUUCAUCGAAGAAUGCAAUCAGCUUUCCUACAAACUUUUUACAAACCUUGGUUUUACUGAGGACGGCUCUUAUAGGGCUGCCUGGUACGAAUUCAUUUGUUAAAAUGAAUACACACUUACUCCUAUAUGCGACUAAAAAACCCCUCCUUGAAUGUCACCUGUCAACAUGAAAUCAAAAUUGACAAUUCUCUUUUUUUUUUUUUUGUUAAAAAUGGCAGUGUUAUUAUAAAUGAUUUAUUCAUGCACGUCAUUAUUUAAAAAUCAUAUACACUUGUAAUCUUUAAUCAAAAACAUUAUCUUUCCCUCCCUUUGCAACUCUGAUUACAUAAAGGUGCUGUCACGUACAAAAAUACAGUUGUAACAUUUUCUAUACAUUUUGUUGAUGACAUUGUGUUCUAGAACUUUCACUAAAAAUGUUUUAUGAAUGAAGAAAUACACCAAACUUAUGUUUGAACAUCAGAAAUGACGAUUAUGCACACAUAUGCCUCAUGUUAGGGGAGAUCUGUCAUUUCAAGUAUUAAGUUGAGUUAAUGGAGAAUGCAUCUGCAAUUUCCAUUUUAAAUUAAAAAAAAAAAACAAUUUAAUAUGGCCUAUUUACACAAAUA